GUCUCGUUUCCGGUUCCGCGUUAUGCUAGCAACUUGACGUUUCGGAAAACUGCAGCGUUACGAAACUGAGCCCCUCUGUCAGCUGCUACCGAUGUGUUACAGCUGCCCACCUCAACAGCUUCAAUGGAAACACAGUGAAAGGUCAGAGUUGAACAUUUUUCGUCAUGCAGCUGGAAGCUAAGCUGCGACUAUGCCAAAGUUGCAUUUGGUGCUGCAGGAGUGGACUGCGGAUGCUGUCCCACAGCCAUGCACAGAGAAAAGCCGUCAGCUACUAUGACCUACUGGGAGUCAAAUCGGACGCCUCCGUGGACGAAAUAAAGAACGCUUUUUUUGAUAAAUCCAAAAAGCUGCACCCGGACAGCGACCUGUCCAACCCGGCGCUGCACAGCCAGUUUGUGGAGCUGAACGAAGCCUACAGAGUGCUGAGCAAAGAGCUGAGCAGGAAGGAGUACGACCUCAGGCUCCAGCGUCCGUACCAAGGGGACCAGGCCUUCAGAUCAACCUCAAGUUACACCGUGCACAGAAGCGCUGCCGCUAAUGAUGAUGUUCGUUACUGGGAGCAGUUUCAACACGCCCAGUCUCCAGAGGCGACAGCGGAGCAGAGGAAGGAGAAGAGGAAGAGGAACUACAAGCUGGUGAUCUACUGUGUCAUCACCAUGAUGCUCAGCGUUGGAGCGCACAUGGUCUUCUUUAGGAAACUGGAAGAAGUUCACAGCAACUUCAUGGACGAGAAAGACCGAGUCAUCACGGAAAUCUAUAACGAAGCCAAAGAGAGAGCCAGGGUCAACGGUUUCAAGAAGCAGACAGAACUGCUGCGGCAGAAACACGCCGAGUUUCAGGAGAAAUUAAAGCUGAAUAAGGGCGGACAGGACAAGUAGCAGCGUCUCCUCCCGCGCUCUCCAGCAGCCCGAGGAUGGGGAGGAAUUUGCUUUUAGGACUGUAAGAGGUCAUUCUUCCAGCUUUCUAUGUCCGCCGUUGAACUGGGACGUGAUCCUGGUUCAGCAGGAUCGUGAUCGGUACGGGGGGACGCGCUCCUUUGGUCACAUGUGUUGCUGCUACGGCACGCUCAGGUAUACAGUGCCUUGCAAAUCCACUCAUACGCCUUUAAACUUUUUCCCAUUUUGUUGCAUCACAACCGCAAACUUCAGUGCGUUUUGCUGUGAUUUCCCUUUAAGUUUGGCCAACACAAAGUGGUCCGCUACUGUGAAGUGGAAGGAAAAGUGUAGAAAUAAAAGGCGAAGAGGUUUUCUAUUCAGCCCCAAUGAGCUUUGCGCAGCAAGAGAGUAAAAUUUUAGUGCUCAUACUUCUUCUGCAUUGAUUUGACUUAGGUCUGGACUUUGACUAGGCCACACUAACACAUGAAUAUGAUCUAAACCAUUCCAGCGUAUCUCUCACUGUUUGUUUAGGUUUGGUUUCCUGCUAGAGGGUGAACCUCCGCCGCCUAUAGCAAACUUUUAAUAGGACUUCUUGUGGUUUUCUUUUAACCACUUUCUUGUUGCCAAUCUUCCAGUAAGCCCAACAUCGCAGAGUAAAUUAUAGUUGUUCUGUUGACAGACUCUCUCACCUUAGCUGUGGAUCUCUGCAGCUCUUCCAGAAUGACCAAUGGCCUUUAUGCUGCUUAUCUGAUUAACAUUCUCCUCGUGAGUUUAGAUGGAUGGCCGUGUUUUGGUAGGUUUGCAGUCGAGCCAAACUCUUUCCAUUUUGUCAUGAUGGAUUUUACUUCAUAAUCUAUCCUGCAUUAAACGUUUCUACAACUCUCUCCCUGACCUUUCUGCUGCGUUCCUUGGUCUUCAUGAUGCUGUUUGUUCUCUGAUCUUCUAUAACAGCGUUCUGAAGCCAUCAGAGAACAGCUGGAUUUAUACUGAGAGUAAAUGACGCACAUCUGGACUCUAUUUACUGAAAGUUUGAACUCUGAAGGCUGUUUGUUGCACUGGAUUUAAUGUGUGAGUAUAAAUGAAGAGGGUUGAAUACAGAUGCAUUACAUACUUGUCAGAUUAUUAUUAUUAUUAUUCAUUUUGUGAAUAUAUUUUAAAACCAGUAAUCCUUUUCCUUAUGAUAAAAUGAUGCUCUACUUGGUGUUUGUCUGUCACAUAAAACCCCAAUAAAAUGCAGUGAAGUCUGUGGUUGUAAUGAGACAAAAUGCACAACGGUCAGUGGUGUAUGACAGUUUUUUUAAGGCACCGUGCAUCACUGGGCUUCCCUGCUGAACUAUUUAUGGUUUAUGAAUUAUUUGAAGUGGUGUGAGCUGGUAGUUUGCUCACAGACCUCUUCACUGUUCGCACAAUAAAAUAGGAUUUUUUU